AGUCUUACACAGUCUACAGCUCAAGUGCUUUCGACAGCCCGACUUUUACGUGUUUACUUCACCAUAACUUGAUGCAAAUAUCACAGUUUUUGUUUUUGUUUUUUUUAGAGGAAGUGUGGGCAGUGCCAUUGUCACCGUCGUGGGUACUUCUCUCCGUGAGACUGUUCCAUUUCUGCAAAGACGGGGGUGUCAGGUCUUUACAGUUGGUACGACUUCCUUUUUUACAUUUUGAGAGUGCACUAUUUCCUCUUUUAGCCGCUGAUGUGUGGGUUGGACCUGCACAAAUGUUUAGCGACGAUCAUUCACAAAGGUUUAUUUUAAUUUAUUUCGCAGUUCGAUUUUUAAGCCGGAACCGAUUUAUGGUUUUGUAAUUUUUGCGUUGGAGCUCGUGCCAGACUGGAAAAGUUCGCUCCUGAACUCGUGAUGACGUCUUAUGAUCAAUGAACCGAUGGAAAAGCUCUGAGAUCUGAACAUGUCUGGAGACAGCACCACGCUCACCUGGAGGAGCAUGUCCCCCACCUCCGGCCAAUCACAGAGCUCCGUCCUGUCUCCCACGGCGACCGUCCCCGGACACUCGGAGCCCUCGCCCCAGUCUCCCACGGUGACCGGACCCGGCGUUUCCAUGGCGAAGAUCAUCAAAGUGUGUUUCCUUAGCAACAGCCCCAACCUCGGCAAAAACUUCAAACUGGUGCGAUGUGAAGAAGGAUGGACCGUCAAGUCGGUUCUGAAGGUGGUUCUGUCCAGCGGCUGCGUGGGUCCUCAGAUCCAGAACACCGGCUGCUUCGGGCUCCUCCUCAAACACCUGAAAUCGUCGGAGCUGCACUGGCUCCACCCCGACAUGACCAUCUCCGAACUGACGCAGCGCUACGAGCAGCACCACCUGGAGGCUGAGUGGAGGUACGACUUGAGAAUCCGAUACGUCCCCAAAGAUUUUAUGGAGAAAUUUAAAGACGACCGAACGACGAUGCUCUACUUUUACCAACAGGUGAGGAGUGACUACAUGUUAAACUACGCCUCUAAAGUCAGUGAUGGAAUGGCUCUGCAGCUGGGCUGUCUGGAGAUACGGAGAUUUUACAAAGACAUGAAUCCCAACGGCCUGGAGAAAAAAUCAAACUUUGAGCUGUUGGAGAAAGAUGUGGGCCUGGACCUGUUCUUCCCCACAGAACUUAUCAACAGCAUGAAGCCGAAGCAGUUGCGCAGACUGGUGAUUCAGACGUUUCAGGGAUACUCGACCCUGAGUCAGGACCAGUGCAUGACCAAGUUCUUCUCCACUCUGUCCCAGUGCUACGACUUCACCCAGGAACGCUACGCCUGCCAGCUCGCGCACGGCUGGAAUCUAACCAUCGACCUGAUGAUCGGUUCGGACGGGAUCAGUCAACAAACCGAAAACUCCAAGCCGGUGUGUUUGACGAGUUUCAGUGAAAUCCGCAGCAUUUCCUGUUCCUCUGAAAACGAUGGACGAGCUUUACUCACCGUGCACAUCGAAGGAGCCGCACAGCCCCUCACGGUGAGGACGUCAUCGAUGUCCGUGGCUGAAAACAUGGCCGACCUGAUCGAUGGACACUGUCGCCUCCAGGGAGUCGAAAAAUCACUCAUCACUCGACCAAGAUCCCGAGACAAGAAGCUGAAGUUACCUGAAAUCCCCAAACCUUCUGCCACACUCAAGUGCAACAACAGCGUCUACAGUUCAGACAUCUACGCCGAGAUCCCAGACGGGAGUUUGGACUCGACUAACUCUGGGAAAAAAGGUUCACUUUCCAGAGACGACGUGGUUGUGGGGCGGAUUCUCGGUGAAGGAUUCUUUGGAGAAGUCCAUGACGGAGUUUACAAAAGUCCAACAGGAGAGAGGCUCCGAGUGGCCGUGAAAACCUGUAAAGACUGUUCUCCCGACGUCAAGGAGAAGUUUCUCAGUGAAGCAGGUUCGUUUACCUCAAACAAAAUAACUUUGAUGAGGAACCUGGAGCACCCUCACAUCGUGCGUCUGAUCGGGGUGAUAGAGGUGGACCCGGUCUGGAUCGUCAUGGAGCUUCUGGAGCUCGGAGAGCUCGGUCAGUUUCUGGUGGAGCAGCAGCGUUUUCUGACCAACGCCACGCUCACUCUGUACUGUCUCCAGAUCUGCAAAGCUCUGGCCUAUUUAGAAGGACUCAACAUGGUGCACAGAGACAUCGCGGUGAGGAACAUUUUGGUGGCGUCUCCGGACUGCGUCAAACUGGGAGACUUUGGUUUGUCCAGAUACGUCGACGAGCAGGAGUAUUACAAAGCGUCCGUGAGCAGGAUGCCCAUAAAGUGGAUGGCCCCAGAGUCGAUCAACUUCAGGAGGUUCACUUCAGCGAGCGACGUGUGGAUGUUCGGAGUGUGCGUGUGGGAGGUUUUCUCUGUGGCCCAGCAGCCGUUCUUCUGGUUGGAAAACGGGCAGGUGAUAAACCAGCUGGAGUCUGGGGUUCGACUCCCGAAGCCGGACACGUGUCCCCCGGUUCUGUUCUCUGUCCUCACCCACUGCUGGGCCUACGAACCCCACAGGAGGCCCACCUUCAAACACCUGGUCUGCUCGCUCAGUGAGUUGUAUCGUUUGGAGACUCAGGAGGCCUCAGUGACUCGGGGCAGGACUCUUUCUGUUUCUGGGUUUGCUCCAAGCGCAGAACCUCCUCCAAAGCCGUCCAGGAUCCAGGGCGGAACUCUUCCCCCGAGGAGGCACUCACAGGUGCCGGUUUCGUCUCAGGUCAGCACCCUCCCCCGAGGACUGCACCUCCUGAAGCUGGAAGAUGAUCAUCCUUUGUGGGAGAGCGAGCGGGAGCAGGUGGAGGAGGCCAUCCAGAGACAGAGGAUGGAGAUGGUCAGUGACAGACAGUGGCUGGAGCAGGAAGAGCGCCACCUGGACCCUGUGGUUCGACAAGACUCAAACCGGAGCCAGACUCCAGACAGUCCGUCCUCCAUCGGUCCUCCACCAAAAACUCCCACGUCCCCAGCCCCCACUCAGUCUUUACCGACGGCUGAGUUGGACCGAACCGAGGACCAGGUUUACAGCGGAGUCAUGGAGCUGGUGCGACAGGUGGUCCAACUGAAGAACCACAUCCACGGAGCGCCCUCCUCCGAGUACCCCAGUGCGGUCCGAAGUGUGGGUUUGACUCUUCGCGCUCUCAUCCAGAGUGUGGACGAGCUUCUUCCGUCUCUUCACGGCUCCGUCACCACAGAGAUCGAGGGCACGAAGAAGCUGCUGAACAAAGACCUGGGGGAGCUGAUCACCAAGAUGCGUUUGGCUCAGCAGAACUCAGUGACCACGCUGAAGGACGAGUGUGUGAGGAACAUGCUCUCCGCCGCCCACACGCUCGCCCUCGACUCCAAGAACCUGCUGGACGCCGUGGACCAGGCCCGAGUCCGAGCCAACCUCGCCAGACCGAGACCAGAACCAGAACCAGACCGAGAACAGGACCAGGAACAGGACCAGGACUAAACCAGGACUGUGUGAGGAACAUGCUCUCCGCCGCCCACACGCUCGCCCUCGACUCCAAGAACCUGCUGGACGCCCUGGACCAGGCCCGAGUCCGAGCCAACCUCGCAAGACCGAGACCAGACUCAGACCGGACCCAAGACUAGACCCAAGACUAGACCCAAGACUAGACCCAAGACUAAAUAAACCAAAACUAAACAAGUACUGAACCAGGACUAAAGGAAUGCAAAUCUGCGACUAAAACAGGACUAAACGUUAGUCCCUUUUAGUCCUGGCUUAGUCCUGGUUUAGUUUAUUAAUCAGGCACUAGACCAGGACUAAACCAGGACUAACCUGGGACUACACUGGGACUAAACUGGGACUAAACCAGGACUAAACCAGGACUAAAUGUUAAUACCAUACCACCUGGUUUAGUUUAGUAAUCCAGCACUAAACCAGCACUAUACUGGGACUAAACCAGGACUAAACCGAGCCUAAACUAGGACUAAACCGAGACUAAACCAAGACUAAACCAGGACUAAACUUAAAUUGUGUAACAAACUGGAACAGACUGUUUAUUUUUUUACCCGGGUCUGUUCGUCCCUGGAGAUGUUUUUUGUGUCACUCGUGUUUCAGGAGUCCUGCACAUCUCAAACACUUGUCCCACUGGAUGAUGUCAUCGGGUGGUGCGUGUGUUUCUUCGUCUCGGUGUCACGCUGGCUGUGACACUCGCUCCGUUUGUGUCACCAGGUUUAUUCACUUAUAAAACAGACGAACUUUUAGAUUGUUACUCAACAGAAACCUUUAAAUAUGUAAUAAAUGUACCAUGGCUUGAA